AUGGAAAAUUUCAUACGUCUUUUUCUCUUCCUCUUCUUCUUAAUUCCAGUUAUGCCAUACAACAGUGCUCACCAUUGCGUAGUAGAGGUGGAAAACUUCUUGUUCGUGUUGGGCGGAGAGGACCAAUGGAAUCCGAAUGGAAAACACAGUACAAAUUUUGUCAGCCGAUAUGAUCCCCGAUUUAAUAGCUGGAUUCAACUUCCACCCAUGCAAGAAAGGAGAGCCAGCUUCUAUGCAUGUCGGUUGGACAAACAUUUAUACGUUAUUGGUGGAAGGAAUGAAACCGGCUACUUGUCUAGCGUGGAGUGCUAUAACCUGGAAACAAAUGAAUGGCGCUAUGUGUCGUCUCUGCCACAGCCUCUGGCGGCUCACGCAGGAGCAGUGCACAAUGGGAAAAUAUACAUUUCAGGGGGUGUCCAUAAUGGAGAAUAUGUCCCAUGGCUAUAUUGCUAUGACCCCGUAAUGGAUGUCUGGGCUCGAAAACAAGAUAUGAACACAAAACGCGCAAUCCACACUUUGGCUGUAAUGAAUGAUCGCUUGUAUGCAAUUGGAGGAAAUCAUUUGAAAGGUUUCUCCCACCUUGAUGUAAUGCUUGUGGAGUGCUAUGACCCAAAAGGUGACCAGUGGAAUAUUCUCCAAACUCCCAUUUUGGAGGGUCGAAGUGGCCCUGGCUGUGCAGUUCUUGAUGACAGCAUUUACCUUGUGGGAGGUUACAGCUGGAGUAUGGGGGCAUACAAGUCAUCCACAAUAUGUUAUUGUCCAGAGAAAGGAACCUGGACAGAACUGGAAGGAGAUGUAGCAGAACCAUUGGCUGGCCCUGCCUGUGCGACAGUUAUCCUGCCCGCCUGUGUACCAUACAACAAAUAACACCAGGAAACCCUGGGAUGAACAGUAUCACAUUCUAAGAAGCAAUGGCAGGUGACAUCAUCAUUAUAGUAGGAACAGUGCAUUCUAUUGGUACAACUGCCAAAAACCACCCUUGGUUUCUGAUGAUUUAUAAGUAACUACAAAAGAAAGAGACCUGUUCUGGAACAGAUAACUGUGUCUGUAACUCAGAUCACACCAAACUUUCUGUGGUGACAGACUCUUCAUUUCAGACUGGUUUUAACUUGUCCCAGCUUUAUAAAAACUCCUUACGUGGAUCUUAACUUGCAAAAGGAGAAGAUAAAAUACAGAAGACUGGCCCCAGAGAGACCUAAGAUCAGUAUUGUGCAUUGUAGUCUACCUGCAUGUGAUCUAUGUUGAAGUUUUGGGGAUAUUGUGUUCAUGAAUGAUUCCAAAUUUGAAUUACCAAAAUACUUACACUGCAUUGAAGAAAUUGCCACUUGAUUCUGUAGUUCUAACCUUCGGCUACUUCACAGACUCCACUGGCAACAAUGUUAUUGAAAAUCAUAUAAGAUUAAAGAGGGAUAUUUUUGUUUCUAUACAACUUCAUUUCAUAUACCUUCUGCCCUUACAGCACCUCAUGCGAUCAGAGAAGAGAAAGAUGUUGGCUCUCGUAGUAAUUGCUUUCUGCCCUAUAGGUUCUAGGCUAGUCAGAAUCAUCAUUUCUGUGUCCUCAAUUUUAUCUGAAAGAUUAAAGCAAAAUAUACUGUGGCACUAUUCAGUUAACAGAUACAUAUGCUUUCUCAUUUUCUGUGGUACAAAAGUAGUGAACACACGUUAUUUGCUUCAAAAGUAGGACUGAUGAAUUAGCCAUAUGAUAUUUUAGCGAUUCUGUUAGAUGAUAUGUCUGACUCAAACUUAAUUCAUAAUGAAAAAUAGGAGUUUGCUUUCAGGAAAUCAGAGAUGGAAAGAAAGAAUAAUUUCAUCUAAAUGCAAUUCUAAUUGUGUCUCUCUUUAAAAAGCACAGACCUUACAAGAGCCACAGAGUCAAUUAUAGCACCUGACAAAAUACUCCUCCUCUUCCUCACCUUUAGGUUACUCUAGACACUUAACUUACUCUCAUUAUUUCCCCAACUCAUUAUAUUUUGUUAUCACCAGAGACGCCUGAACUCAGUUAAGUGAGCAAUUGUUAGUUGUCUUUAGGAGCAUGGAGAAUUUAGGAGCAGAAGGUCAGGAGAGCAUGACAUAGUCUCAGUGUGGCCAACCAAAAGAACAAAACUGGCAGAAACAUGGAUUCGAUCUUCAAGUUUUUCAAAGCUUGAACACAAACUGUUAGGAGUAAAUAAAAGUCUAAAAUAUUUUUGUAAUCACCCAGGGAUGAUAUUGAGUCCCUCAACAAAUGUGUUACUCAAAACAGUAAGAGGAAGUCACAGAUUUAAAAUGCCUUGGUGAUAAGCUUUCAUGGCUGAGCACAUUAAGAUGAAUGAGUAUCCUGGAAUCCAAUGCCGUUUCUACAGUAAAGUGCAAUCUUCGUUGUUUUUGUAUUUAUUUGUAUGUUCAGAUCCAAAGGAUCCAUUGUAAAAAUAUAUAUAUAAAUAUAUAUAUCCAGUGCAAUCAAUUUUCAUUUCUUUUUCCUUGAAAACAUAGGAAUAUAUAGAAAAAAAGAAAGAAAAGUUACAGUGCUUUGUGGGAAAAUCCCAGCUGAUGUCAUGAAGAGAACAAGGUCUGCUUUUGUGGUCAACUGUCACUGUUUCCUCCAAAAGUUACAGGUUAUAUAAGAACAUUUUCUUUCCUUAGACUUGGUCUUCAUUUUAUUUUUUAUUUCUAGCCAAAAUAAAUAAAAGCAUUUAUGAGAACUAUAAGUAAAGCUUUCUGUAUUUCAGAAAGAGACAAGCUACUAGAAAGUGAAAAGUGAAUAAAUAAGUCACAGAGAAUGUAAAUUUUGUACAGUAUUAGAAUGUGUAAAUGAAGCUUGCUUGGAAGGGGAAAACUUUAAAUAAAAACUUUAUGUACUAA